AUGGGCAAUCAAUCUCUCCCCAUAAGACGUGAGGUUGGCACUGCGAAAAUCAAAGAAAGGGCAGGUGCUGGUAUAGGUGUGGUGUUAGUAGCCCCAUCCGGCCUGAGGGUUGAAGAAGCCCUAGAAUUAAAUGAAAAGGUGACCAAUAAUGAAGUAGAAUACGAGGCAUUGAUAUACAGAUUGGAAAUGGCAAGCAGCUUGGGUAUCGAAUGGCUCAGGGUUAGAGCAGACUCAAAAUUGGUAACCAAGAAAGUCAGUGGCAAUUUUGAUGUCAAGGAGCCAAGAAUGGCCACGUAUUUUAAUAUUGUCAAGCAUUUACGAGCUGAAUUCAUGCAAUCCGAGCUCAUAAAAAUUUUGAGAGAAAUGAAUCAUCGUGCAGAUGACUUAGCAAAGAAAGCUUGA